AUGCUACAUUUAUUAAAAAAAAUAUAUAUCAUUUUCAGUAUUCUUUUUUUCUUUCAAUGGGAUGUAAUUAAUUCUCUUAAUUUUCAUUUUAAGGUUAGAGAAUACAACACAAAAAUAGUGAGUGAUUAUUUUUAUUUAAAUAAAAAAUUAUUUAAUAAUUAUUUAUUUUUAAAAACUUUUAAAAAAAAAAAAUUUUUAUUAAAAACAAAAAAAAUAAAAAGUACUAAUGAAAAUGAAGAGGAUAAUCUUGGGAUUGAAAUAGAAGAUCUUAUAAAGAACAUAGAGAAAGGCAAUUAUGGUGAGGAUUCUUUAAAACUGUAUAAAGAAAUUGAAAAUAAUAGUAAAUUAAAAGAGGAAGAAGAAAAAAAGAUAAUUGAAAAGUAUGAAAAAAAAAUGAAUAUUUACAAUGUAGAUGAUGUAAUUAAAAAUACAGAUGAUAAAUUAAAAAAAUGUGUCAGAAGUGCAUUUUCUAGUACAAGUAAAAGUGAAACAGAAGAUCCUUACAUAAAAAAAGAGCACAACAUUAUGAACAAAAUUGGUGAAACAUUUGAUGAAAUAAUAGAUGAUGAUUACCCGGAAGAAGAAUUAAAUAUUUCAAAUAUAUAUAAAAAAGUUAAUUCUACCAAAGAUAAUAAUUCAGAUAGUCCAUUUAAAAAUGCUGCUAAGACAUUAUUAAAGUAUAAAGGUUUGUUACGUAUGCCAUUUGAAAAAUGUCCUUUAUUAAAUAAUAGCUACUUUCAUUGGAGAGAAUCAAUGAAUUAUAUAGAAUGUUAUAUUCCUAUUUUUCAAGGAACUGUUAAUAAAGAUAUACUUUUUUAUUUUAAAAAUGAUUAUAUUAAGUUGGAAAUACUUAAAGGUAGUGAUAAAAUACUUUUAUUAGAUCAUAAGUUAUGUGGAAAAAUAAAUUAUGCUGAUACAUAUUGGGUUAUAACGAAUGAUUAUAUAGUUAAUGAAAAACACAUAAAUUUAAUUAUGCCUAAAUUAGGAAAUUAUCUUUAUAUAUGGGAAAAACUUUUACAAGAUUAA